AUGCGGAAAGGAUUUAGGCGUGUGACUACGAAGAAUGAAAACAUCGUUCAGGAUGCGAUAUUCAAUAAUGCAUCUCAAGACUACACAACAUCGAUUUCCGCACCCAUUGCCAAGUUGGAAUUGAUAUGUAUCUUCGUCGAUAUCACAAUUGCCAUUCUGAUACUCAUCGGCAGUCGAGAGUCUAUAGACCUUUCAACAAUAUUUGCUUCCGCUGUGUCUUCCAUUUAUUUGCUGCUUCUUGCCUUGGUGCGGCAGACUCCUUAUUUUGAAAUCGUCAAGGUUCUACAAACCCAUUCAGCAACGCUCUACACUGUGCAGUGGGUCUGUAUAGGUGUGACUGGGCAUGCGUUGAUCUUCGAAGGUCACGGGCAACUUUUGACAAUUGCAACGCUCACUCGUUUCGGCAUAUUCACAGCGCUGUGUCUGUUUCACUGGACCGCUAGCAGAGUACCGGUGCAGGCAUCUCUCAACAAGAAAAUACCCUCUUCUGAGCCCAGCAGAGAAGAGACGGCAAGCUUAAUAUCUCGCCUGGCCUUCUCCUGGGUCAACGAGCUGGUAUGGAGAUCAUUUCGAGCCACACUGGAGGCCUCUGAUCUAUACCAGCUCCGCCAAAACCAAAGGUCUAAAGUUGUCAGCCUAAGGUUCCAUGAUAUAGCAGCUACUACAAUUCCUCUACUACGUAGACUUUAUCGUUUUCUCAAGUAUGACCUCCUAAGGCAGGGCGGGUGGGCGGCAGUGAACAGUGUGGCUGUUUUCAUUCCACCAGUGCUCAUAAAACUUAUCCUGGAGUGUAUUGAGUCCCCAGAUCGCAUGGCUCUAAGCACUGCCUGGCUUUGUAUUGGUGGUCUCUUAGUUGCGGGGAUAAUUGCUGGCAUUGCCGAUUGCCAAUGCGACUGGAUAGGCCACCAGAUGGCUGCCAAGUUACGAACUAUUCUGAUCAAUGAAAUAUACGAAAAAGUCCUGCGGAAAAGAAUGACGAGGCAACAGUCAGAAUCACAGAGCUCGAGCACAAGUGAAGACCACCAUGCUAGUGAUGGCAACAUUUUCAACCUCAUGUCAAUGGAUGCCGAGCAUAUAAGCCUGGGAGUAUGGUUACUAUACAGACUUCUUGGGAUCAGUGGUAUAGUUGGAGUCUUAUGCAUGAUUGCCUUACUACCUCUGAAUUUUCUAAUAUCCCAGCGUGUGAUGGCCGUGCAGGCGCGUGCCUUGAAAGCCAGUGAUACCCGAAUCCAAGCCGGAAAUGAAAUAUUGAAUAACAUUCGUACAAUCAAGUACUCGGCAUGGGAAAGCGCCUUCAAGGAACAAGUCAUGGAAAAACGCCGGUUUGAAAUGACAGAAAUGCGUUCUCGUUUUAUUUGGUGGUCAAUUAAUGCUACGACUUUUCAUUCUCUCCCACUCAUCGUCACCAUUAUAACGUGCUUUUUCUACACUAUUGUCUGGGAUAAUCCAUUAGAAACGUCAAUUGCAUUUCCGGCUCUAGCCGUAUUUGGCAUUAUACGGAUUCCUUUAGACCGAUUGGCCACCUGUGUUACUUUUGUGCUGCAAGCCCGCGUAUCUCUAGAUCGCGUUGACAAUUUUCUUUGUGAAAGAGAAACGGCCAAAUAUGACCAACUUUCCAAACUCAAAACAUCUAAUGACAUUGGUUUUGAGGACGCUACCUUAGCGUGGCCAACUGAGGCGUCUGCGAAUGUGUCAGAUGAUAACGGCGCAAAAAGAGGAGGGCAUAUUCCACUAAAUGAAUUGGCAUCUGGCCGGUCGUUCAGGCUGAAAAGUCUUGAUAUUCGAUUCCGAACAGAAGCGCUUAACGUCAUCUGUGGUCCAAGUGGGUCCGGAAAGUCUUCAUUGCUGCUUGCUCUUCUUGGAGAAAUGGAUCUGAUCAAGGGUCAAGUGUUUCUACCGCACUGUGAACAGACAAAUUUGGACACAAAUAACCUGUUAGAGACCACAGCAUAUUGUCCACAGGAGCCGUGGAUUUUGAAUCGAACUAUACGUGAAAAUAUCAUUUUUGACUUUCCUUUCGAUAGCCGCCGUUACGAAUGCGUUCUGCAUGCUGUGGCUCUUUUGCCCGACAUUGCCACCAUGGAUAAUAGUGACCAGACUCUUUGCGGAGAGAAUGGAAGUCGGCUGUCAGGUGGCCAGAAGCAACGUGUUGCCUUGGCACGAGCGCUUUAUAGUCCAUGCAAAUACGUUCUUCUUGAUGACUGUCUUAGUGCGGUGGAUUCUCACACGGCGAAUCAUAUUUUUUCCCUUGCAAUAAGGGGGUCAUUGAUGAGAGAUCGUACCUGCAUUCUUGCUACGCACCAUACGCAUCUUGCGAUUCCUCAUUCUGACUACGUUGUUAUGCUAGACGAUGGCACGGUACGCGGUCAUGGUACAGCGGAAGAACUUGUCUCGAUUGGUCUCAUUGAUGCCGGGGUUAUGGAGAGUAAAUGGGAUCUACCAUCUCCAGUUUCGUUCAAUAUAAAUGACAUUGACUUCGAUGUGAAACUCUUUGCAAGGUCGUCUCUCGAAAGUAUUUCACUGCAUGAAGUUACGCCCAAGCCAGAAGAGCUAGAGGAAAAUCGGGGCUACAGAGAAAUCAAAGCGGAAGGAGCCGUCUCGUGGUCCGUAGUGAGAAGCUAUUUAGGUGCUAUGGGUAGUCGAUGGUACUGGGUCGCGGUUCUAUUCAUGUUUGCAGUGCAACAAUUUGCUUCGCUUGGAACGAACUUAUGGAUCAAGGAAUGGGCAUUCCAAUAUGACAAUUUAAAGAGGCGAACGGAAGCCUCGACACCAAUACAAACAACAGGCGACUCCGAGACAUACUACGUUGACGAACUUCAUAAGCUCGACGUGUGGUACUAUAUCACGAUGUACGUCAUUUUAUGCGCGUCAUACACACUCAUCACCAUGCUACGCGAUCUUAUCACAUUUUACGGUUCACUCAAAGCAUCAUCUACUAUAUUCGAACGGCUGCUCGACUUGGUCCUAUAUGCGAAACUACUUUUCUUCGACAGUGUACCGCUAGGACAGAUCACAAACCGUUUCUCCAAGGAUGUCGAGGUUAUGGAUCAAUCAAUAUCCGGAUUUUCAAUCAGCGCUUUACAACUUCUUGCAUCCAUGGCCACGAUGAUCAUCUUUAUAUCCACUAUCCUUCCGGCGUUUCUCGUGGUGGCAGUGUUUAUUUGUGUAGCUUACUACUUUGUCGUCGUGGUGUACAUCAACGGGGCUCGAGACCUGAAGCGGAUUGAAUCCGUCCAAAGAUCUCCGCUGUACCAGCAAUUCAGCGAAACCCUUGCAGGCGUUAUCAGUAUUCGGGCAUAUGCGCGAACGUCAGUGUUUACCGCGCAGAAUCAGGAGCUUGUUGACCGACUCAAUCAGCCGUACUUGCUCCAAUGGGCCAGUAAAGAAUGGCUAACGUUUCGAGCGAACGUUCUUAGUUCUAUGAUUUCGUUCUUUACAGGAGCUUUUGUACUUUGGAACUCCAGACGGAUCGAAUUUGGUAGUGCGGGGCUUGUGCUUACCUAUGCUACGAACUUUACGGAAAAUGUCAUAUGGUUCGUACAGGUGUAUGCUAUCAUUCAACAGAAUCUCAACUCCGUGGAUCGGAUCUUUGAGUACAAAGGAAUUGAGCAAGAAGCCACUCAGCCCCUACGGAGAGCUAUUUAUGAUAUGCCGGAGGAUUGGCCCUCUCAGGGACGAAUUCGGUUUUUUGAUUACACAACUCGGUAUGCGCCUGGCCUGGAGCCUGGAUUGAAAGGGAUCAGUUUCGAAGUGCGACCCGGCGAGCGCGUCGCCGUUGUUGGACGCACCGGGGCGGGCAAGAGCACGCUCACAUUGGCGUUGAUACGAGGCCUGGAAGCAGAUAGUGGCUGGAUUGAGAUUGAUGGCAUCAACAUCAGCACAGUAACACUCAAGCAACUUCGGCAAGCCAUCACUCUCGUGCCACAGGACCCAGAGUUGUUCGAUGGUACUUUACGUGACAAUCUCGAUCCCCUUAAACAAUACACUGACGAAGAGAUUCGCGCAACCCUGCACACCGUACUCCUUGACGAUAUGAUUAUGACCGCAACAAAGCCGAGCACAGCGGUGAGCCUUCUAGACUUUGCAGCGGAUGCAUUGUCACGCGGCCAGCGUCAGUUAUUAUGUAUUGCGCGUGCACUGCUGCGGCAAUCACGCAUUCUCGUCCUCGACGAGGCUACCGCGUCUAUUGACUAUGCCACCGACGCGGCGAUCCAGGCAGGAUUACGCGCCAGCGUCUCAAAUGGCACUACGGUCUUGACAGUCGCCCACAGGUUGCAGACCAUCGCCGACUACGAUAAAAUUAUUGUGUUAGACGCUGGACGUAUUGUCGAACAAGGGUCUGUUAGAGAGCUCCUCGCCUACCACCGGGAUGGUGCCAUUUUCCGUCGCAUGUGUGAGGAGUCUGGAGAUCUCGAAGGAAUUGAGCGGCGUCCAGUAAUAUUACUGCAUAUCGUACCUGAUGAAGUGCCACCAGUCAAGGACAAGUGCGUAGCUGUAGACUGCGAAUAUAACCAAUCCCGCACUUUAUUAAUCAGACUGUCAGCCGACGAAGUCUUGAUCAACCUCUACCUCUACCAACACCCGAGGAAAGUUGAUCUGCGUAGAAACCAAGUGUACCUACGUAUAAUUGGUUCAUUCGUAUAUGCAAUAACGAGUAAGCUUCUAUAG